UCGUCGCGCCUGCGCGGUGCGGGCGGCGGGCAGCGCCGAGUGCGAGGCUCUUUUGUUCGGCAGAGGGGAGGGCCGUUGGCCGGGGCCUGCGGUACGCCGCUUCAGUGAGGGGCUUGACCGCCGCCACCGUGCUUGUUACUUUUCUGGGAGCCAGUGCCCCGGCGGUACCGACGCGACGCGCCACUAGCGCGGCACCGAUUCCUCUCGGGCUCUUGGGCGCUGCUCUGAGCAGCGUCACCCUUUAUACCAGAAAGCUGGCGGGCACUAUGGGGAAAAAACAAAACAAGAAGAAAGUGGAGGAAGUGCUAGAGGAGGAGGAAGAGGAAUAUGUGGUGGAAAAAGUUCUCGACCGCCGAGUGGUAAAGGGCAAAGUGGAAUACCUCCUUAAGUGGAAGGGGUUCUCAGAUGAGGACAACACGUGGGAGCCAGAAGAGAACCUGGACUGCCCUGACCUCAUUGCUGAGUUUUUACAGUCCCAGAAAACAGCACAUGAGACAGAUAAGUCAGAGGGAGGCAAGCGCAAAGCUGACUCGGAUUCUGAAGAUAAGGGAGAGGAGAGCAAACCAAAGAAGAAGAAAGAAGAGUCAGAAAAACCACGAGGCUUUGCCCGGGGUUUGGAGCCGGAGAGGAUUAUUGGAGCUACAGACUCCAGUGGAGAACUCAUGUUCCUGAUGAAAUGGAAAAACUCUGAUGAGGCUGACCUGGUCCCUGCCAAGGAAGCCAAUGUCAAGUGCCCACAGGUUGUCAUAUCCUUCUAUGAGGAAAGGCUGACGUGGCAUUCCUACCCGUCAGAGGAUGAUGACAAAAAAGAUGACAAGAAUUAACUUUCUGAGUACCAGCCCCUGUCACAUCUUGACUGUGGGUUUCAAGUGGGGAGGGAAGAAGUUCUACUUGUCUUGACACCAUAGAGGUGGCUUGAGAAGAUGUCCUUUGAAGAGCCAGUAUAGUUUCUGUGCCCUACAGCAGCUCAAGUGCUUUAAAGCCUUUCUGUGCUAUAUGGUUUGCACACCCAUCCCAGUGGAGGGGAAGGAGGACAAGUGUUUCAAGGCAACCCAUUCUGCACUUUGCUGGGAAAGCAAAGGGCCUUCUAUGAAGGACAAACUUGCAGAAUGGGUAUGUGGGAGAGCAAAAAAUACUGUAGAUCUUCAAAGAGCAUCUCCACAACCCACAGCCUUCUUCCCAAUAGUGUUCACUCUGCAUUUUUACAGCGUAGCAUGUGUGUAGUUUUUGGCUAUUACUGAUAUAUUAUUGGGGUGGGAAGGGUGGGAUGGGAAGGAAGGGAGAUGGGUAGGAUCAUUUUUCUUAAAAUUUGGGGCCUGACUAGGGAAAUGGUUGAAACAAUGGAAAGAACAACCAAUGAUGGUUCGGUUCUAUGGCCAGCAUAUUUUUCACAAAAAAUGUCAUUGGCAACCUAAGUGAGGACUGCGAGAGACUGUUUAAAAGCUGUGAAUGCCUCAGACUUACAAGCCAAGGUGUGCCCUGCCUGAGCUUAAAGCUAUUCCCAGCAAAGGACUAAGCCAGUAAUAAGUUACCAAAGCUGCCAUUUUGGGGAUGGAAACUGGUUGAGGAGGACAAGUCUUUUAUUGGAGCAUAUACACAGGCACAUUGUCCUGGCGUAGAGGUGCUAAUUCUUGAAAUUGAUAAAAGACCCUUUCUUUUCCAAUUAUAAAGUUAAUAAUCAGCUUGCCCAUUGAAGCCAUUGGCUGAGGUGUUUAGGGAAGGGAAGAGGGUGGGAGGAAGUAGGAGUAGAGAAAGACAAGGGCCAUGCUCUUAGGGAGGAAAACUCUUGGAGCCUCUCUGAACUUUGGACUCUGAAACCAUUGGUGUCAGGGUUCAGUCACUGACAGCACAAGUUCAUUGAAUCACAUCGAGUUGAAUGACUUCAAAAGCCCUGGUCUCAGGAGAUUAAACUUUCAUACUGGGCCAGUGGUUCACUUUAAAACAUUAAACAAAAAUUUUUUUAAUCCUAAGCAUUAACUAAUACACAAAAUGCUGUCUUGAAUCACGAGAUCCAUCAGUUUUUGACAUAGUGUAGACUUGCAUCUAGAAAGCCAUUGUAAAAUCUCUUUAGGCACGUGUUAGGUUUCUGUGAAAACUUUAAAUGUAAACUUCAUACCACAGUGUCAGUUUUUGUCUUAAUAAAACUAUAGAUUUGUAA